AGCAACGGGAGCGGUACUCUCUUUUCUCAUUUAUUACAGGAGGAAGCAUGGUGGAGAGAUACGGGAAAACAGGGGAAUCGUGCAUAGAAGAUGGAGGGCCAGAAAGGUGAUGGAGGAAGAAGAGAUUGUGAGAAAUGGAGAGAAUCUUCAGAAACGGUGAGAAAAGUAAGAAGAGACAUCUUCGUGGAGUCGGUCCACCACACGCUACAAUGCCUGCAGAGCCCAAAGAUCUCUAGGCUAGACGUCUGAUUUGGUUACAGUCUUACAGAACCAGGUAUUGUGACUUCGAAAAUGAGUGGAUCAGCCUCUGCUUGCGAAAGAACAUCGAGGAGCUCCACUUUGACUUCUCGGUUGGAGCUUUCCAUCGGCUUGACUUCGAUCCUUUCAACGAAAGACUCUUCUAUCUGUGUGGUUCCGUCCAUGCAACGGGCUCCAAAUCUCUACGGGUGUUGAGCUUGAGCUUCUGCAAUUUGGGUUCCCCCAGUUUCCAUGGAUUUCCUGCUCUAAAGAACGUAUCACUCGCGCGACUCGGAUUACAGAAGCAACUAAGGAAGUGAUCGAGAAUCUGGUAAACAACUGUCUGCUUCUUGAAACUCUGAGUGGAGUGCCGAUAUUUGGAUCACAUCAAAAUUUCUCACCCACGCUUGCGGCUUAGAAGGCUGAUUGUGAGAGACUGCCAACCACUCGCCAAGGGGAUACAUCUCUAUCCUCCUUGUCUUCAAUAUUUCGAAUACUUUGGGCCUGUGGUGUUCUUCCAUCUGUACAGGCUAACAAGCCUGGUCGAGGCUGUGUUGGAUUUUGGGCUCCAGAGAGGAUUUCACAGCAUCGCUAUGAAGCUAAGCGAUCUUCUUCUUGUCGAUCUCCACCGAGCGAAGUCUCUGACAGUGUGUGGUUAUCUUCUUAGGUUUUAAUUUUUGCUACGCUUGGAUAAAUAUUUCCUUCAUUACAAGAAUUAAGAGAAGUAAAAGAAGCAAUGAGCAACUUUGGUACUGGAAGUAGAUAUGAACCCAAGAACACCACUAAUGGUGAGGAGAGACAAUUGACUGGUGAAGGUGAAGAAGAAGAUGAGGAGGAUGAGGAGGGAAAUGGAAGAGGUAUGGCUGCAUGGGAGAGAGCUUAUGCUGACGAGAGAUCAUGGGAGAACUUGCAAGAAGAUGAGUCUGGCAUCCUUCAUGCCAUUGAUAACAAGGUCCUCCAUCAUGCUCAGUACCGCCGCCGCAUCCGCUCCCUCUUCUCUUCUGCUACCACUUCCAGAAUUCAGAAAGGCCUCAUUCGAUACCUCUAUAUUGUCAUUGAUCUCUCCAGGGCAGCUUCGGAGAUGGAUUUCCGACCAAGUAGAAUGGCUGUAGUUGCAAAACAUGUGGAGGCUUUCAUUAGAGAGUUCUUUGACCAGAAUCCACUUAGUCAUAUUGGCCUUGUAACUAUCAAAGAUGGGGUUGCCCAAUGCUUAACAGAUCUAGGUGGCAGUCCCGAUUCCCAUAUAAAGGCAUUGAUGGGUAAGCUGGAAUGCUCAGGUGAUUCCUCCCUACAGAAUGCUUUAGAUCUCGUUCACGGCUAUCUGAACCAAAUUCCGUCAUACGGUCACCGUGAAGUCUUAAUCUUAUAUUCUGCUCUCAGUACCUGUGACCCAGGAGAUAUAAUGGAGACUAUUCAGAAAUGCAAGAAAUCCAAAAUAAGGUGUUCAGUUGUUGGUCUCUCAGCUGAAAUCUAUAUAUGUAAACAUCUCUGCCAAGAAACUGGAGGAUCAUAUACUGUAGCAUUGGAUGAGUCUCAUUUUAAGGAGUUAUUGCUAGAGCAUGCCCCCCCACCCCCAGCAAUAGCAGAGUUUGCUAUAGCCAAUUUAAUCAAAAUGGGCUUCCCUCAAAGAGCAGCAGAGGGUGUUGUCUCCAUUUGUUCCUGUCACAAGGAAGCUAAGGUUGGUGGUGGCUACACAUGUCCAAGAUGCAAAGCACGUGUGUGUGAGCUGCCUAUCGAAUGCCAGAUCUGUGGGUUGACGCUCGUUUCUUCUCCCCAUUUGGCAAGGUCGUACCAUCAUCUUUUCCCAAUAACACCAUUUGUUGAGGUCUCUUCUUCACUAGUGAAUAACCCACAUCACAGAUUGCCAAAAACUUGCUUUGGUUGCCGGCAGACUUUUCUUGCUCCUGGAAACAAGUCCAGCUUUCAUGUUGCAUGCUCCAAGUGCAAUCAGCAUUUCUGCCUUGACUGUGACAUUUAUAUUCAUGAGAGUUUACACAACUGCCCUGGUUGUGAGAGCCGCCGAUUUCAAAGCAAGUAAACACCACUGAAGAAUGAUAUUGUAGCAGCAGAGAUUUGAAUUUGUCUUUGCCUUGGCAGUUAAUUCUGAAUUCUGCCAUAAAAAGUCAAGGCAAGAUUUGCAGGAAGGUAAAGGUUGGAUGCACAAGCUCAUAAAAUUUAUGACUGUCAGAAGAGACAAACUUCCAAAUUAAGUGUGCACCCCUACAUGUCUGAGACUCCUAUUAUUAGUACACAUUUGGUCCAGACCAGAAUGUAGCUCCAAGAAAGAAAUGGAAAGUGAGGUGAUUUUGUCUUUCGAUUGAUAACUUCAUAGCCCCUUACAUCCUGAGGUUUUGUUGCAUGUUGAUUUUGAGGCACUACUAAUAGCUAACUGGUUUGUGUUAAUGAAGUAUGAAAUGCUCUUUAUAUCCCUUUUGUGUGCUUUCUUUUGGUUUACACUACAACAUUGAAAAGUGGAAUUGCGUACUUGUAAAUCCAUUUUUUUGUUUACUGCUAAACAAAGAAGAAAAUGCAUACUCGUCAAUUUGAAACUCA